GUACGAUGAUUAUGGUUUUCCAGAAUUAUAGACACAGAUCAUGAAAUUGGGAUGUAGAAAACAAUCCCAUAUAAGUUCAACCACUCGUGAAAUUUAUUGUCUGGUUUGCUUCUUCACUCUCCAACAUGCUAUAUACAGCAGCUAUUUAUUGUGUGGAUUUUGGAACGAAAAGUAAGAGCCUGUGGUCUAUCUGUGAGAAUUUCACCUCCAGCCACUUUUUGUUUUAGUUUUUUCUUCAUGUAAAUUUCUUCUAAUAUUUUUGGGUAAUGCUUUAUAAUUUCAAUGUCCGGGCAUUUGAACUUCAUAUUUGUCUAGUAUUAUUCUAUGUUAAGUGCAUAAAUGCAUCAUCCUUCAAAAGCUUCAUCUGCAUUUGGUUCCAUUUCCAGAUUUUACAUUUCUGUUCUUGAAUAGUGCAGAAUAGAUCGCCAAAAGGGGUUGGCCAAUCAACAUUGAAUGCACUUAACAAAUUUACACCACAAAUUGCAUCGUAAGAGUUCUCCUAUCAACUGGUUUCCACGCAAAAAGGUGGACUCCUGCUUGAAGAGGAAAAUCAAAAUGCUGCAGGACAAUAUAUGUCAUGAAUUUAACUCUGGAGAGAAAAAAUUGCAGCAAGGGAAGCAGCAUAUAGCAAUAGAGGCUCGAAAGACUGCAUUGGUGGAAGCACCAUACUUCUUGCGGCCAGGAUCCAGAGCAAAGAAGCAGAAGACCCUUGUGCUAAAGGCAGAGAAAAAUGCAACUGAAGCUUUUGAAGCAGCUACAGCCAUGGAUUGCCCCCGGAAGCCUAGUCAAAUUGAAACAUCUACAAUUAAUGAGGAAGAUCUACCACUCAUACUGUGACAGCAUCAUUUGAAACAGCAUUUGAGGUAGAUCUGAACUACUGCAGCAGAAAAAAUUGCAUUUGCUAGGCUUGCUACCGGUCCCCUCCUUUAACAAAGAUAAAGUCAAAGAGUUGCUGUGAAAAAUAAGUCAAAAUCCACAUAUGGAGGAUAAUCAUCAGGAAUUAUCUUCAGAACAUGAAUCAUUGUCGGGGUCGGAACUUGAAACAGUAUCACAAAAUGAUGGCUUAAGUGCUCUCUGCGAUGACUUUAGUGCUCUACAGUGACAAGACAAAGGAAAUGCAAGAAAAGGAGGCAGUCAUUGGAAAAGCUUAAUAUGAUAAAACUUGUGGAUAUUUUGCUUGAGAGGCUCAGAUGCUUGAAAGAAGAUGAACUUUCUUCUUUGGCCACUAUAGUGGCAACUUGUGGAUUAAAUGCUGCCUUAGCAGAAGUGGAGAGCAGGAAGCUGCAUGAUCCAGGCACUGCAACUGAUUGUACCUCAAAUUUUAACAUUCCUCGUAGAAUGUCUUCUGCGAGUUCAGGAACAAUCAGAUUCUCAAAUCUGGAGCAUACGAGAAUGAAGCAUGCUGAGACAGAACUCCAAGUCUCUAUACAAGUUUUUGGUUCAGCACAUGUCAAAAUUAGAAAGGGACCAGUGCAAGAAGCUAAGAAUAGCAAGAGUAAUGGAUCUGAUCUGUACAGGUGAUUUAGAGAAUAAAGAUAAAAAUGACAAUGGAAAGGUCAAUUCAGAAAUAGAACAUGAUCCUCUGCCUGAUUUAGGGAGUAUUCUUGUGAAGCAUUCUUGUGAAGCAUUCCUCUAAGCUUGAGAAAGGAGAUUGAAGAGGCAAAAAAGAAUAAGGGGCAAAAUUUUAAAUUAUAUAUGGAUAGAUGCAUCUUAUUAGUAAUUAUUUUAUUUUAUCAAACUUACAUUGGUAAAAUUUCUGUGGAUAAUUAUUUGGAAAAAUCAAACGCAUGUGACAAUGUAUUGCUUAUGCUCACAUUAAACUUUUUAAUUUUCAAUUGAUAUUAUUAAUAGAAAAAUAAUUUUGCAUUGCUGUUGUGAUACCAUUUUCUAAUUUCAUAUUUUUUUAAAAAAUACAUCUGUUUCAUAAUUUUUUUUAAGAAAUAUAUAAAACAAAGUUUGUAAUUAUCCGUGUUAAUAAGGUUUACGAGGAAAAAAAGUGAUGGUCCAAUUAGGCAACCCAUCAGGCCAUGCGGACUCGUCUGACAACCGGCCUGUAAUCCUUCCACUGCCAGGAGAGAGAGAUGGUCGCUGCUCUGUGAAGCCAGCCUAACGCAGUACCCUCUGCUCUAGGAACCAGGAAAGCCAAGCCUUCGCUUGAGUCCCAUGGUUCAACUCCCAGCUUGGAAUGGGCAAGCCAGAAAUUAGCCAGACCGAAUCCAACCAUCUGGGCUGGGACAACGUCCCAUCACCUCAUAGCCCCCACUCGGGU